AUGCCUGUACAUGCUGCUUACGUGAGCAAAUGUGAUGCGGACUCACAGUCAGCUGAAAUCAGCUUUGAACACAUGGAACCUGCCGACACCGUCUCACCUGUGAAGGAGUUUUGGGUUCAGUAUCAGAUGGACAGUGAGACUGAGGGCACGCAGUGGCGAACUCAUCCAGUUCCCGUCCAGGCACAUCCGAACGACCGUAUUGAAGGUGAUCAACGAAUGGUCAGCGGGAAAGCAACCGUUGCUCUGCAGCCUUUCGGACACUAUGUGUUCCGAGUAUUGGCCCGGAACGGAGUUGGUGACAGUUCACCGACGAGAGUGAAAGACGUGUGCAUUACCCCACCGAAGCAACCAGAUAGGAAUCCGUCUGGAGUUUGGGCAAAAGGUGCCAGUCCGGAGAAUAUUGUUGUCCAUUGGCGCCCGAUGUCUCGUGAGGAGUAUCGCCCAGCCGAAGGUGGAGAUGGCUCGUGGAAGGAAGUCCAAGUGAACGAUCCUUUUGCCGAUCGCUACACCAUCACUCUCGAAGAUGAUAAGGAUGCGAAGCCUUUCCAACCGUAUGAAGUCCAGGUUCAAGCAGUGAAUGAUGAGGGUCAAGCGAACGUGGCUCCUGAGACGGUGCAGGGACGCACGGGUGAAGGAGUGCCAAGUAGCGUUCCGACGGGAUUCCGCGUCGUUAGCAAGGACGGUACCACAGCUACAUUCGCUUGGGAUCCGGUCGAUCCUCGAACGGCCAAUGGAAACUUCACUGGAUAUAAGAUCACUUACUGGCAUGACGAAGUGGAAGGCGAGGACGAGAAUGACAUCGACACACGCUUCCGUUUCAAACGAUCAGCAAAGGUUUGUCUUGGUGUACUUUGCUCAAUAAGCGAAACGUUGAAAGCAAAAGGCGAACUGGUUGUGUUUGGACCAAAAGCAACGACAGGGACGGUGACAGAUCUACAACCGGACACCAUGAACUAUGCAACCAUUCAGGUGACAAAUGGCGCUCAUGAAGGAGAACCAAGUGAAGUGAUCCAGUUCCGCACUGCUGAGGGAGCUUCAUUGGUGGAAAACAGCAGGACAGGUAUAGCAGCCAAGCUUCCUCAUUGUUUAUGGAAGGUUUUUUUUCUGCCUUUUUUUCAACAUAUGCCCAGCGACCACCGCUUCUCUUGCGUGGUUUUUAGUGGUAGUUCAGUUUCUUUUGAAUUGUUCUUGGGGUGUGUUUGGGAUACCAUCAAGUUUGGUCAAGCGCCCACACAAGGGGGCUUCAUUCACAUUUUCUGUCAUUGA